AUGCUAGGAAUAACCUGGAGCUUAAGGGCAACGUGUUUUUGUCAUGAUGGGCUCAAACACAUUCUGAUACUGUCUCGACGUGGAUUUGCUACGGAAUCCACUGCUGUUCCAGCAUCAAAGAUUCGUAACAUUGGCAUCAUAGCUCAUAUCGAUGCUGGCAAAACUACCAUGACAGAACGUAUGCUUUAUUAUGCAGGUCAUACAAAGCGUAUAGGAAAUGUGGACGAUGGAUCUACAGUCACAGACUUCCUACCUGCUGAACGUGAGCGUGGCAUCACCAUCCAGUCAGCAUGCAUCCCACUAGCUUGGAAGUCACAUCGAAUAAACUUGAUAGAUACUCCAGGUCACGUCGACUUCACUGUCGAAGUAGAACGAUCUGUACGAGUCUUGGACGGCGCUGUGGUCGUGCUAGACGGUGUAGCUGGUGUCGAAGCUCAAACUGAAACUGUAUGGAGACAAGCCAAUCGAUAUAAAAUACCUCGAAUUGCCUUUGUAAAUAAGAUGGAUCGUGAUGGAUCUGCUCUUCAUCGUGUGGUACGACACAUGGAAAAGAGAUUGGGAGGUGGUGGGAGGCCUAUUAUUUUGUCGUGGCCUGUCGUACCCGAUAAUGUAGCAGCAGUGUUUGGAAGUGCUAGUGGAGGACCCGAGUUGUAUUCCAUAGCUGAUCUAGUGACUAUGAAGGUGCUGGAUUUCAGGAAUAAGGAUGGAACUGGUAGUAUCAUCAACACCAGUCCUCUCACGGAUACAGAACCGUUCAAAAGACUUUAUAAGGACGCAUCGAAAGCUCGAAACGACAUGUUGGAAGCUCUAGCAGAUGUGGAUGAGGCCUUUCUAUCUGUAUAUUUAGACGCAAUGGAUUCGGGCACUGAAAUCGCAACCGAUGUGAUUCAGGCUGCUUUGAGACGAGCCACGAUAUCUGGUAAAGCAGUGCCAGUCUUGUGUGGUGCUGCAUUCAAGAAUACUGGAGUCCAACCAGUACUGGAUGCAGUGUUAGACUAUCUACCGUCUCCCGUAGAUCGACCUGCAGCAAUCGCCACAUCAAAUGGCAAGUCUCUGGAAGUAAAAAUGAACGACAGCCAACCUGUAGCACUAGCAUUCAAGAUAAUGCAAGAUCCUAAACGUGGACUCUUGACAUUUGUAAGAGUAUACUCUGGUGUCCUUGAUACAAAAACGACACUGCUAAAUUCAACGCGGAAUGAAAAGGAACGGACCUCGAAAAUCUUGACUGUAUUUGCCAACGAUUAUGAAGACAUUCCAAACGUAGAGGCAGGACAAAUCGCUGCCAUCGUAGGUCUUCGUAUCACAAAAACAGGAGAUACACUGAUAUCUUUUGCCGAUAAACGUAAACCGAUACUACCAACUAUACCCAUACCACCACCAGUAUUCGUAGCUUCUGUUGCUGGCACGACUCCAUCUGAAGAACGGCAUUUACAGGAGGCACUCAAAACACUGCUACGUGAAGAUCCAUCAGUCCAUGUAAGAGUGGACGAGGAGACCGAACAAACACUCAUAUCAGGAAUGGGUGAAUUGCAUCUAGAAAUCAUCGAGUCUCGUUUACGAGAUCAAUAUAAAGUCGAUUGUAGAAUGGGUAAAGUCCGUAUCAGUUAUCGUGAAAUGCCGUCCAAUACGGGUAUUCACGAAGGCAAAAUUACCGUUGAUCACGAAGUUAAUGGUAAACGAAUCAAGGCUGGCGCAUCUGUAAAUAUUCAGCUGCUGAAUGACUUUGUUAAUGAGUCUGAAGAUGGAUUGCUGCACGACUUGAACGAUGGUGGUGGUACUGAAACGGGCAUCAGGUUAAACAACUCAACUUUAAUAUCAGCAUCCGCACCACCUGGGAAUGGAGCAGUAUCGUUAGCAGGGUAUCCACCUAUACCGGAUAUGAUGAAUGCCAUUCAACGUGGUAUUGAUCAAGCACUAUAUCGUGGCCCGUUAGCAAACUAUCCAGUAACGAAUAUCAAAAUCACAUUAAACUCUUUAACUCUAUAUACCGCUGAAACGACUACCUUGCAGGCUAUCACAAUAGCAUCUCGUCGGGCUACGGAGCGUGCUCUCCAAACAUCAGGAACUAGACUGUUAGAACCCAUAAUGAGAGCUCGUAUCCGAAUACCUGAACCUAAAGUUGGACUUGUAGUCAAGAAUCUGACUGGUCAGAAACGAGCAAAUAUUAUAGAUUUAAAUUCUAGAAUGGAUGAGGAUGAAGACGAGGGUGGUGAAGCUGCUUUAAGUAGUGAGAAUAGUAGCAGGAUGGUGGAUGCGCGAGUACCAUUAUCUGAAAUGCUGGGGUAUGCUAGUGUUUUAAGAGGGUUGACUGGUGGAUCUGCUGAUUUCACUAUGGAUUUAGAUGGAUACGGUGUUGUACCUGGUGACAAGGAACGUGAUAUUGUGAAAGAGGUUAAGCCACCUGUUGUUGCGGCAACUGCUGAACAGUAA